AUGAACUUUCUAUCUGAAGACGUCCCAGACCCCACAGAUUUCCCGCCUCAGGCUAUUGCUCCAGGUCUACGAACCCUCGAUGGCUCAUUCCGGUGUGAUAUAUGUGGGGAACUAUAUGAUGGACCGGUGACCAUUGCAUGUGGACAUUGUUUCUGCUCGGCAUGCAUCAGGAACUGCCUGCUUAACAAGCAGGAAUGCCCAACAUGUCGAAAGUCUGCCAAUGAGGUUCAUAUACGACCCAACCCUGUUUUAGAAGAUGUUAUAUCUGCAUGGAAGGAAGCAAGGCCGUUUGUGCUAGGGUUGACAAAACGUGAAACCGAGCGUGUUGGAGAGAAAGAAGCGUCUCGUAAACGGAAACGAUCAAGUGAAAACCCUUCUAGUUCCAGCUCUAUACCAGGAAAUACCCCAGGUCCAUCGAAUCGUGAUAUUUCCUCUCCAACUCGUACCCUGAAGGCAAAGUCACCUUCGAAAGUGGUAAAGAAACCUAGAACAAAAAGGGAAGGUAAUGCAGAAGUCAAUGUGAUUUCGAGCUCAGAAUCCGAAGAAGAUUCGAAACCCCAGGCGUUAAAGUUUGCUCCGAGGGCCGAAGACCUCGUCGAGUGCCCUUUGUGCACAAAGAAAAUUGUUUACCGCGAGCUUAAUGGCCAUAUGGACAAUAAAUGCAAAAACGACUCUGCGGCAAAAUCGUGGUCACUACUUUUGGGAGGUAGCAAGAAUGGACAACAGAAAGGAAAACACAAGAAGAAGGAAUCUAAUAGUGAUGAUGAAUACCCCCUUCCGCUUACUACAUACAACACUCUGAAAGACAGGCAGCUGAAAGACAUGCUUGUCGAGCAAGAGCUACCAAUUACGGGAAACAGGUCAAAUUGGGAACAACGCCAUCGACAAUGGAUAGUAUUGUACAACUCUAAUUUAGACAAGUCAAAGCCAAAUCGAAAAACGAAAGCUGACCUUCGGAAGGAUCUGAAACGAUGGGAGACAGAGAAUGCGAAGAAGAAGAAAACAGUCAUUGCCGAUGUGAAAGCAUACCAGAAAGAACAAAAGAUGGAAUUCGCAAAACUUGUCGAGGCCGCCCGUCCGAAGAAAGCAGGUGAAGAUGCCUCGGUCACAAUUGAUACCUCAUCACCACUACCACUACCAACUUCGUCUUCCACAGCACCAGGCGAUGCCACUGAGAUUACAUCGGAGGAUGAAUAA